CUGGCUUUUAGAGGGGGUGGCGUGGGUAAUUAAAGAAGGGUAGAGGAGAAUCUGACACACGUUGAACAGGAACGAAAAUACAGUGCUGUGGACCUUCAUUUUCUCUUUAAUCCACCUCCACAACCAAAAGUCUCCUCUCUCUCUAUCUCGAUGUUUAUUGCAAUUGAGUUACUGCCUAAGAACCCUGAUCUGAUGGUUCAUAGCCGUUCUAAUUGCUUAAAACAAGUUUCUAAUUGUAAUCAACGUUGGAUUCUUUAAAGUAAAUCCGAAGUUUUGAAACCUAGUUUCAGAUCAUUUGCAGGAAGAUUCCAGGUUAACGUCCCAUCAUCCCUCUCUCUCUCUCUCUCAGUUUUAGGGUUUUUCUGUAUUGUAUCUAUAGACGGAGCGAAAUAUAUACAAAUCACUGUACUAGAAAACCAUAAACUAGUGCAAGCAAUGUAAAAGAAGCAACAUAGCCCAACAUAGCACUCUCGGUUGUUUAGUAGAGAAUCUUGGAUGGCUGUUGGGAGGCGCGCAAACUUCAUCUUUCUUCUAAUUAAUGUUGUUGAAUUAAGACCCCAAUAUCCAUGAAUCAGUGCUAAAAGCAGCUGCAUUUUCUCUGUGUUCACAUCGUUUCCUGCAAAAUCAUCUGACUGCUACUGUCACAAUUUAUGUCAAUAGGUAAAUUAUUACUAUUUUAGCUUCUCAGGGCUCCCAUCCCUUCCAAGUCCUUUGUCCAGUUUUGGAUUAAAGAUUGUCUUAACUUCCUAAAGUAAUACAAUUUGUAAAGCGCCCUCCCCCCUCCAUCUUCCUUAACUAUUUUAAAUUAGUGCUUUUUUCCCUCACUCAAGAUUGUGGAAAAUAAGACUUAUCACUUUUUUCAUUUAUUCGUUCUAAAAUUUUAUUAAUUAACCUGUUGGGAAUAGGGUUGAGAAUUAGUGAAAUGGGGUAGUGGGGUUAGCACCCAAAAAGUCCUAGUCAAAAGAAAAUAAGGCCCAACUUUACUUUGUUGAUUAAUUAUAAAAAUUGUUCUGAGAUUAGGGUAGAUAUUUUGAGAGAAGGAAAGAAAUGGAGAUUAAACAAGAGAAAUUAGAUCAAAGGUUUUGAUGAUAAUGUUUUACGAAGAAGGAUUAAGGGGAGGAUUAUCUUGUUUGAUUAUAGCGAGUUUUAAAGAUUUUAAUUAUGGAAAAAAGGGAUCAAGAAAGGCGUAUAGAGAUCCAAAAUUUCAUGGGUUUCAAUCCUUCACAACUCAAUCAAGAAUCACCAGUCAAGCUGCUUCUUGCUCCUAUAGUUUUUACUCCACCAGAUGAGAGAGGAAAUGCAACGGUUUCGAACCGCUUGGGAAGUGCUAUUUUCAGCCCUACACAAACCCUAGAUCACCACAGUCCUCCUCCACCACCUCAACCACUUAUAAAGAAAGACUCGACUCCAGCUCCAGCUCCAGAUCCAGAUCCAGAUCCAGCUACUUCUCCUGCUGCAGUAACUGGUGGCCCAUCUAUUUCAAUGUCGCCCCCGCCGCGAGGUCAAGAAUCAUCAGGUUACACUGCAAUUAGAUAUAGAGAAUGCCUGAAAAAUCAUGCUGCAAAGAUGGGAGGUCAUGCGGUUGAUGGCUGUGGAGAAUUCAUGCCAAGUGGAGAGGAGGGCACCCCAGAAUUCUUGAGAUGUGCGGCUUGUGAUUGCCACCGGAAUUUCCACCGGAAAGAGGUCCAAGGCAACACCAAUAGCCACCGGACUCCAGUUCUCCACAGCCGAUCUCCUCCUAUAAUGCCGGAGCAGCACUACAAAUACUCUCACAUGCCGCCAGAGCCCGAGGCAUGUAGUGAAGAUCUAAGCCUCUAUGAUUCCAGAGCCCGAGGGCAUGCAGCAGUGCAGCCAUCGUUUUCCACGUCGAAAAAGAGGUUCCGAACAAAAUUCAGCCAAAAACAGAAGGAUAAAAUGCAUGAAUUGGCUGGAAAACUCGGGUGGAGGAUUCAGAAACAAGAUGAACAAGAAGUGCAGCAGUUCUGCAAUGAAAUGGGUGUAAAGAGAGAGGCGUUCAAGGUUUGGUUACACAACAAUAAACAAGCCAUGAAGAAGGGAGAAAUCUAAGGAAAAAUUAACGAAAACAUUAUUUGACAUUUUUAGGUUUUAAGAAAUAGAUUUUGAAACUUUUAGAUUGUAAAAAGGAAAUGAUGAACUUAAUCACUUUUUAUCACUCCCAGUUUUCGCUUUUCUUUAAUUUAGAGGACUGAUAUUCACAGGUC